AUGCCGGAAGACGACAACAACCCCGAGGUCGAUAUUCCACUGCUGGCGCAGCAUGCAGACCCGGCCCCCAUCAUGCUGAGCAACAUGCGCCUCAAUGUUCUCAGGCGGUGGGGCGAUGAAGAUGGUAAGCAGCUCCGUGGCAAGGUUGUGUUUGAGCUUGUCAGAACCAUCAAGGACGCGAGCUUCCGGGUACCGAGGGCAGAGGUUGCCUAG